GGGCAGCUGGAGCGGAAGCACUUAGCGGAUGUGUUUAGGUUCCUUUGCUGCAAGCAGCAGAAGCAGGAAAUAACCCCACUUUUGCUUCAGAUUUGGUGGGUCUGGACCUAAUAGGAUGUGUGGGGGUUUUUUUUUUGCAUUGAUCCUUUUCUGAGAAAGAAGGAGAGGUGACAGGCUGAGGAGACUCCUGCAAUCCCCGGAUCCGUCCUAGGAUGCUCUUUUAGGAGCAUGUCACGGUGGGGAAUGGGGCUAGCUACAGAGGUACGGGCUGGUGCGAUGGUUUCUUUUUCUGAAGACUGCAUGGCACGUUGGCUUAGCAAAGGUUCCCUCUCUAAGCUAGAAUGCUCUGUUAGAUUCCCUCCGUUUCCUGCUAAAUAUCUGAGUAAAGAUAGUUAGGUGGUCCUAAGUGUAGCUGUGUUUGUAUUUUCGGGUGAGAGAACCCCCUCAAAAGUGUACCUCCUAAACAGCUCUGUUUAAAUAGUUGCUCACGAAGGAAGAGCUGCGGCUUUUCUUUCUGUGUUCGGUCCUAGACUUCUUGUUAGGAUUUAAGCCAUAGUGCUUUUCUUUUAAUAACGUUCUUCCAACUUCUCCAGAGUCUUCCCAAACUAGUUUGAUUUGCAGCUGAAAAGUGCAGUCCUGAAAAAAUUAGUUUAUAUCUGGAGGUUCUUUUCAUUCCCCAGAUAACAGGAAGUGGAGUGAUUGGAGGAUAAAUAAGAAAAAAUCUAGGGAAAAUCUGAACCUGCUGUAGGUAGAACGAGAAGAGGGAAAAAAUCCAGCAGUUCCAGAGCACAGCAGUGUUAGCAAAGGUGCAUAUGGGAAUGGUGCACUUUAUGUCAAUGGUGUGGCGAAGGCUGCUGAGGAAACGUUGGGUCCUUGGUAUUGUAUUUGGACUCUCCCUCAUCUAUUUCCUUACCAGUACCUUCAAACAGGAAGAGAGGACGGUACACGAUCGGAAUCUUCUCCAAGUUCAGGAACAUGAGCCCAUCGUCUGGAAAGUGCAGUUCAGCCUGGGUAACAGCAGUCAGCUGAGUAACCAGUGCAGAAAUUCUGUUCAGGGGAAGCUGUUCAUUACAGACGAGCUAGGCUACAUCUGUGAAAGGAAGGACCUGUUGGUGAACGGCUGUUGUAACGUCAAUGUGCCUAGUACAAAGCUCUAUAGUUGUGACAGCUGCCUGCCCAACGGUUGUUGCAGCGUGUACGAGUACUGCGUUUCCUGCUGUCUGCAGCCCAACAAGCAACUGCUCCUGGAGCGGUUCCUAAACCGUGCAGCUAUUGCUUUUCAGAACCUCUUCAUGGCAGUGGAAGACCACUUUGAGUUGUGCUUGGCCAAGUGCAGGACUUCAUCCCAGAGCGUGCAGCACGAAAACACAUACAGAGACCCCGUUGCAAAGUACUGCUACGGCGAGUAUCCCCCGGAGCUUCUGCCUGUUUGAAAGCUGCCUAAUCGGAACUCGUGUGGGGAAAGCAACCUGGGGAUUUGUGUCUAGAGCAGCAAGACAAGAGCUGCUCAUCCAAGAGCUUAAACUCUCCUCCUGAGAUUUCCAAAGACAAAGAGAGCGAUUUACAGUCUAAGCUUCGGAUUUAUUUCUUUGGGAAAACCUCUCCUAUUUAGAUGGAAAAACACUGUAGACCUGCCAUGGAGGGGUGGGAGGAAAUCCUUUGAAGGGUUAAUCUAGUUGAAGGGCUACCUUUUAGGAUGCACACAAUGGAUUUGAUCUAUAGAUCAGCUUAGAAAAGGACAUAAUAGAGCUUUCAUCUGUACAUUGAAGUUAAACGAUAUCCCCAAAGAACAUGGACUUUAGACUAACUGCUGGAGAUAUGAAGAAGGAUUUUUUGUGCUUAAAAGGUAAAGAAUCCCUAUUGAGCUUAUCUCUUGGAGGACCUUUCAGCAUCCAUAAUGCAGCCUUUAUACGUAACUAUGAAUUAUUUAUUGGGUUUAUGUGGAAUUGCUGAAAAUAUUGAUGCUUCUUGUAGCCAUUGGCUGACUCCUUUCAAUCCAUAGAUUAUCUCCGAGAAAAGCAUCCUUCAUCUUGACCAAAAUCACUCAUUUCCCUCUUCUGUCAGGGUUUUUUUCUACUCAUCAUCAUGGUGUAUGUGUGCCUUCCAAUUUAAACAGGCCUAGCCAAGUCUCCUUUGGAAUGCAUGGAGCCUUUGGUUCCUAUAUCAUGAAAGAGAAAAGAGAACUCUGCAUGUUUUUGUGAGUGGAUGCAUUUGCCGUCUUGGUUAGAGAAGUUUAACCCAAGAAGAAGUACUGAGGUUUCUGCUGCUUGUAUUGCACACCACCAUAACUCCAAAACUCUUCACUCCUGGUUGUGCAGCGCACGAAGCAAAAGGACCGAGGUGUUUGGGAAUCCUGAUUUUAAUGAGAUCCUGAUGUAAUUAGACUAAAAUGUCAGGAUUUGUGGUUCUAGCCUUCCUCUGAAGUUAGAUUAGCAGCCAGUUUUGCAGUAGUUCUAUUAACAGCUUAUUAAUGAUAUUCCAGCAUGGGGUUGUGACCUUGCUGCUCGGAGGACCCUCUAGCCUGAGAUGUCAAUCUAAUUAAUAUGCUAAUUGAAUACAAUGUUGGUUCCCCCUGCAGUUUCCUAUCACUCCUGUAGGCUGCAGUUUAAAUGAUGCCUCUGUGAGGCCAGUCUACAAGAAGAAAGUUGGGAGAAAGGUUUUUCCAUUGCUUCUAAAUGCUGAGCAAAUUUAUGUUUUCUGAAAGUCAAAGUCCCAGGACUGAGGCAAACUAUGCUGUUCUAGUGUAUAUAACAGCUCACUCCUAGUGUCUUCUGCCUUUAUCAUAUCUGUGCACCUAGUGUUCUGCCAAUGUUUUUGACUUUAUGCUCAUGAAUGUUAAUCAGUACCUCUUAUUUCUUCCUUGGGAUAAAGCAAUUUACUCAAUUAAGAAAUGAGACUAAUGUGGCCAGUAUUCUAUGACAUCCCUUUGUUAAAAUAUUAUUUAUUCCAUUGUAGGGUAUUCUGUUGUGAUAAUCAUUAAACUGUAUGUGGCAUAAGUGAAAAUUAAAAAAUUAUGAUACGUGAAAUUGUGAAAAUUCACUUGCAU